AUGCUCAUAUUCAAUGACAUAUGGCACGUUGGAGAAGUCCCGCUAUUACACCUAGCCUUUACCUGUGUUUUACUUCUGGCCAUCUUUGCUGUUGUUCGCUGGUUCUUCAGAGAUUCUCAGAGACUUGAUGGAUUCAGUCAGAAGCAUGUGUUCAUCACAGGCUGUGACAGCGGCUUUGGGAACCUUCUGGCCAGACAACUGGACAGAAAGGGCUUUAAGGUCAUAGCAGCAUGUCUCACGGAGAACGGUGCAGCAGAUCUGGCUGCAGCAGCCUCCCCCAGGAUGAAGACCCUCCUGCUGAAUGUUACAGACAGCGCCAGCAUCAGGAGCGCAGUGGAAUUUGUGAGGAGGGAGGUCGGGGAGAGAGGUCUGUGGGGGCUGGUGAAUAACGCUGGCAGGGCAAUGCCUAUCGGCCCAACAGACUGGAUGCAGCUGGAGGAUUUCACAAAGGUCUUGGAUGUGAAUCUGAUAGGGCUUAUUGAUGUGACCCUCCAGUUUCUGCCUCUGCUGAAGAAAGCCCACGGCCGAGUGGUAAACAUCGCUAGUGUCCUGGGGAGACUGUCGCUGACCGGUGGAGGUUACUGUCUCUCCAAAUAUGGAGUGGAAGCGUUUUCUGACAGCAUCAGGAGGGAUAUGCACCACUUUGGUAUUAAAGUGAGCAUCAUUGAGCCUGGUUUCUUCAAGACAAAUAUAACCAGCCCAGAUCUAAUUAGUGCUGACCUCAAGAGGCUGUGGGCACGCCUUCCUCGGGACAUUAAAACCUCAUAUGGGGCAGCGUACCUUGAAGACUAUGUGAGAAUGCAGAACUUCUCUUUGAGGAUCUUGCGUAAUUCAGACAUUGGUAAGGUGACCAGGUGCAUGGAGCAUGCACUAACUGCUCGCUAUCCACGCACACGUUACGGAGCAGGCUGGGACGCUAAGUUCUUCUGGAUUCCUCUGUCCUACCUCCCUUCUUUUGUGGCUGAUUUUAUUGUCAGAGUCCUCCUUCCUUUACCUAAAGGUGGACUAAACUAA